CAAAGUCUCCAGGCAGGACUUCAGGAAACUGGCCUCUCGGAGGAGGCAACAGUGCCACAUAGAAGGUCAGAUUCAAGCAAGGAGUACCUGAGGGAGGAGGGGGAAGUAGCCGCGCCAGAGCAGAACUGGCUGAGGGGGCCCCCCUUUCUUGUUACUGACUGGACCGUGAUAGUAAGAUACAGCUGCUGCUGCCCUCUGCUGGAUGGCAUCAGGCAGGGCACGAUGCACCCGAAAGCUCCGGAACUGGAUAGUAGAGCAACUGGAGAGUGAGCAGUUCCCAGGGGUGUGCUGGGAUGAUGAAGCCAAGACCAUGUUCCGGAUUCCUUGGAAGCAUGCAGGCAAGCAGGACUUCCGGGAGGACCAGGAUGCUGCCUUCUUCAAGGCCUGGGCAAUAUUUAAGGGAAAGUACAAGGAGGGGGACAUAGGAGGCCCUGCUAUCUGGAAGACUCGCCUACGCUGUGCCCUCAACAAGAGUACUGAAUUUGAGGAGGUUCCUCAGAGGGGCCGUAUGGAUGUUGCUGAGCCCUACAAAGUGUACCGACUACUGCCACCAGGAACGCUCCCUACCCAGCUAGGAACACAGAAAUUACCCUCAAGACAAUACCACCAUUCUGUGCCAUUGGAGAGGGAGGAUGAAGGUACCAUCAAGAACUGCACACUCAGUUACUCCUCUGUUUGGGACCCCCUUGAUAAUGAGGAGGUGAGGGCCAAUGGAGUUGCAACACACUCAGACAGUGGGAUCAGCAACAGCCCUGAGCUGCAAGAAGGUGCUAACGGCACUGACACCACUGUUCAAGAGGACCUGGUGCCCAUGGAGCGCCUGCUUCCUCAGAAUUCAGACUACUCGCUGCUGCUCACCUUCAUCUACAGUGGACGUGUGGUGGGUGAGACUCAAGUACACAGCCUGGACUGCCGCCUGGUGGCUGAGCCCAGGGUCCUUGAGCACAGCAACAUGGAGCAGGUGAUGUUUCCCAAGCCUGACUCAUCGGAGCCUACCCAGCACCUGCUGAGUCAGCUCAAGAGAGGCAUCCUGGUGGCCAGCAACUCCAGGGGCCUCUUUGUCCGGCGCCUUUGCCCCAUCCCCGUCUCCUGGAAUGCUCCCGAGGCACCACCUGGGCCAGGCCCACAUCUGUUGCCCAGCGAUAAAGCUGUGGAGCUCUUCAGUACCACUUAUUUCUGCAGAGACUUGGCCAAGUAUUUCCAGGGCCUAGGGCCACCACCUAAGUUCCAGGCAACACUACAUUUCUGGGAAGACAUCCCUGACAACAGCCAUACCCAACAAAAUCUUAUUACCGUUCAGAUGGAGCAGGCCUUUGCUCGACAUUUACUGCAGGAGGCUCCAGAAGAGCAGGCAGCCACUCUGUUCCUACGGUAGAGCUUGGGACACCCACCUGUUGGUCUUACCUCUCUGUUCCUGUGGUCUCUGUUGAAACAGACUCUUCUCCACA